GGACAAUUCAAAAACAUUCAAUAAUGCAUUCAUCCGUUUCUUUUCUGCUUUGAAAACGACAUUUCACCAUUCCUACAAACUACGGAGUAUAUACUCGCGCUUGAAGCAACACUGCGUCAUCUAAAGGAUGAAGGAUUUCAUUUUUGUUUUGGCAACAGUCUCCAAGUAAUGACUGAAAACAGUAUCAUUAAUAGAAAAAAAUCAAUCCGAUGUUUUUUUUUACGUUAAAGUUCAAAGACUUUUCCUUGGUAGCCAGGCUGCUUUUGUAAAUAUUCUAGUAGUUUACUUCGGUUUUCCGUUAUUUUUGCUUGGGAAAGGAAUUAAACGCACGACUCUCUUCUCACGUCUUUGAGAGGAUACUGCUAUAACUGUACAGCUUAUACAUCUAGUUUAAAAAUUAUUUCUUCGGACAAUUUUCUUUUUUAAAGAUAGAAAUGGCGGAUAUGGAUAUGACAAACAGAGAUCCCAAUAACCUUAACAGUCAUCUUGGGACCCUCCUUUUUAAUGACGUAAUCGGCGAGCCGGAUGGUACUCACAGUAUCGACUGCGUUUGGAAGCUGUCUCGCUUCUGCUUUGAGUGUUGGAAGGGUUGCUGCUACAAAAUAAUGACCCUGUUAUGUGGCUGCUGCAUCGCCGCGGAGUGGGGCUGUGAGUUCGCCUACAUCGCCUUCUGGCAUAUCUGGUACAUCACCCCCAUGUUUAAGGUUCUGGAAAUCAACUGCGGCGUCUGUCAGCGACUGUAUUCCAUGUGUGUCAACUGCUGCAUGACUCCCGUCUGCGAAGCUUUUGGAGGUAUAUUCCACCAUUUUAAAAGGACCUAGCUCGCAGGACUUAAUUUUUUUUCAGGUUGAAAGUAUUUUCUGUGAUCAUUUUUUUUAAUUCUUAGAAGAAUCUAGUAUUCACUAAAGAACAGCUUUUGGUAAUUAUGGAUGAUUUCUAUUGGAGAUGAGAUUUAAAUACUUUAAAAUGUUAUCAGUAUUUCAAACUAUUGACUUCAUAUAGCCUGUGAUAUUGCUCAGCAAAUAAAUUCUUUUACUAA